UCUUUUAUUCUCCUGACCCGGGCGGCUUUUUGGAUAUCCUUGGUAGUGGUGGUGGCAAACUUUACAUGUAGACUAGAAUAGAAGUUAAGACACAGACAGUUAUCUAUCGACUCGCGACAAUCCUGAUAAAUGUAUCUUACUCCAGCAAUUUGCACUAAAAUCCAUAGAAAGCUGGUUUUCUUUCUUUAGUCUCCACUCGCCCAGUCUGAAUAUGGAUUCUAGAUAUAUUUUGGAGCAGCCGUCGGUAAGCGUCGGUGGUGUGGAUUUUAACUGCCGCUCCGUUCUCCGCGACAACCGGGUCCCCACGGUGGAGAAAAACGGUCCCAUGCCGGUGUACACAAACGGACCCGUCUUUUACAAAUUUGUAAUGGACGGCGGCUCAGUAUCGGAGGUUAAAGGACAGCGAACCUCUCAAAAAGGGGACGGACUUUCUCCGGGUGAUCGAAUAUUGUACGACGUUGAAAAAACUGGCCUGGGGGACCAAAAAGACACUAGUUCCUCUGGGAUCUUGAAGAGGGCCAGCCCUACUCACUGCCCAGGCGUAAAUGGGCAGUUCCCAGGCGGCUUCAUGCACUUGGACAUCAGGAAUCCAGGAAAACAUGCCGAGCUGGCCAACAACUUCAGGGCAGCACAAGGGCGGAUCGUACCACUGACAGAGAGACAACCCUUCCCUUCUUCCCACAUCCCCGUCCCCAGAAACAGGAAGCCCUCAGGUCAUGCUGAUAAGGAGGUGAUGGCUGCCACCGUUCUGACCUCACUAUCCACGUCCCCUUUGGUGCUCAACCCUUCCUCUGCAGCCACAGUCCCAGAGCCAGCCAGCAGGGCUUGGAAAGAGAUGCUGUCAGCUAGCUACAGCAGUUCGACCAGUGGCAACUGGAGCUUGGACACCAGCGACCAAUCAGUGCCCUCCACACCGUCCCCGCCUCUUUCCAGUGAUACCAACAAGAACUUCCUGCUCUCUUCCCAGGGUUAUGAUGUCAGUGAGGAUGUCACAGAGAGCACGCACUUCAUGUUUGAGGACCCCAUACCUCGGAAGCGAAAGAACUCCAUGAAGGUGAUGUUCAAGUGCUUAUGGAAGAACUGUGAAAAGGUCCUCAGCACCUCCUCAGGGAUCCAGCGACACGUCCGUACCGUCCACCUGGGGCGAAACAGCGACUCGGACUACAGCGAUGGAGAGGAGGACUUUUACUACUCGGAGAUCGAGGUCAACAUGGACAGCCUAACGGAGGGCUUGUCCAGUCUCACACCCACCUCCCCCACCACGUCUGGCCCUCCGCCCAUCUUCCCUCCACCACUCACCGCUGUCCCUCACUCUGAACACAUCAAUAUGAACGAUUCGCAGAGCCAAGCCCCGACACUGCUCAGUCAGUCAGCUCCCUCCACGCUUUGCCACAUCCGCACUGACCACGCCUACCAGGCCACUGCUCCAGUGAGUAUCCCAGUGGGUCCUGAGCUGGCUGGGUUAGGCAAUGGUAAUGGCACCGGGCCUGGAAUUGGGACAGGGAACGGCAUCAGUGUGUCAUGGCAAUCCCCUCCUGUCAUUUUCAAAGGCGUCCCGGGCCCUGUUGCUCAUGUCCGGACAGUUAGCAUCGGUGAAAAGCGGCAGCCCACAGCCACCACACACACCACUGUUAACAAGAACCAUGCUUUAAUAACACCGGCACCUAAAUCAACACCAGGAACCAGGAAACCCCGUGGGGAGGCGAAGAAGUGCCGGAAGGUGUACGGCAUGGAGAAGAGAGACAUGUGGUGCACAGCCUGCCGCUGGAAAAAAGCCUGUCAGAGAUUCACCGACUAAUCCAGUCCCCUUCCCGUGUCCGUGAGAUGAGCUCUUUCUCACUCGGAGCGAUGGCUGUAGGUGGACUCUUCCACUGAGGAGACGAGGGGAGAUUUCUUCACGAUGGAGCUCUCAGUGCUGCUUCCUCCAGCAUUACAGGGGGUUCGCCUUCUCUCUUUUCCGUUUCCAAACACAAAGAGAAAAUACAAUUGGUGGGUAAAAACAAACGACAAAAAAUCAGCAAGAAAAAAAGAACUUUACGCAGGUUCGGUGACUUUUUCUGAGACUGAAACUCAUGAAUAAGGAAAACAUUUCAAUUGGAACCUUCUGAUUUGAUUUUUGUUUUUCUCUUGCCAUUUUUCACAGCCUCAACUGAAGGCAAUGUUUAAAGACUACAGAUACGCUUUUUGGUAUACUCUGUCGUUUAUUAUAGGAGCAUCAAGUAGUCUACUGUUUAUGGGGUGGAUCAUGACUUUUUGGAGGUUCAAGGGUUAACACCAGAUUUGCUCAGUAAGACCUUUGUAGCAUAUCCAUUUUUCACUGUCACUGUUAAAGUGACUUUAAACUUACCAAAGGCCAAAAGCCUGUUCACUUACAACCAACAAUUUAGGUGUAAGCUAAAUCCUGAAUCUAGCAUCACUGUCUUCUUCAGCCUUAUUUGAUAUCAACUUUAUGUUGAAGUACAUAUUGUUCAAUAUCUACUACCUGUUCAUUAAGCAACUUCUGUACAGCCAGCUGUACUUCUUGUAAUUUUGCAAAGAUGCACAAAACCUUCACACACAAGUGGUACAGAAGGUUUACCCUUGACUUUCCAAAAUAUUUUUGAGAGAUGUACACAAAAUAUGAAAUAUCUCUUCUUCUCUAUGCUUGUACCCAAGUGAUAUGCACCUUGAAGAUUUAAGUCCUGAGUAUCAGAGUAUCAAUGAAACCACAGUGUAUGCCUGAAAGAGUAGAUAUCUAUUUCCUAUAUAGAGUUUAUUUUCAGCAAUGACUUGCUGAAGCAAUUAGCAGUUGCACUGUGCAAUCAGCAGGAUUACAGCGUUUAAUAUUGUCUUGCUUUGUGGUUGUCAUUGUCACCAUAAUUAAGGUGAGUUGAUGCAGAAAGGCAAUUUUCUUUUCCUUUGACAGCUGAUGUUCUUAAUGAGAUUGUUUACCACAAUGAAUGAUACAGUGUAUGAAUGAUAGUUGCCCUUUGAAACUUUAACUUAAAGUCUGACUGAUGUAACUUGUGUAUGUAGGGAAAUAACAUAGAGAUUGUAACCCAGCAGUCACUACCUGAUGAUAAUAAGUCAGACAUUUGAAUUCAUUUCUUAGUUUUAAUUGGAGAAGUUACCCAAUAUUUAGUCUUUGGUAUAUCUAUCACUAACCAACAUUGCAACAAUUGUAGACAUUUCAUAGGAACCCUUUAGUUGUUUAACCCUAGAACCCCUAGAAUGGUCUGAAAAUAAUAAAAAGUAAGAAUCAAGUCAGUGCUGAGCAGCAGUGUAGGUAGUCAACUGUAUACUGAUUGAUACAGAAGUGGAGCAACAGUUUAAACAUGUUUCACCAAAGUGAAAGUAAAGAUUGUUUAGUUUAGAAUGGUCCUGUAAUACAAAGUGUCACGCCUGCUUUCCCAAGCCUAGAUGUAAUAUAGGUGGUAGACUUUUAGACCGUUGUAAUUUUUGGAUAUAUCCCCUUCACCUGUAUUAAAAAAAUAGCAAAUAGCACCCUUUCAUUUUAAAGCCUUUUUUUUUUUUUUUUUAAACCAGUUUGGCAAUUCUAUAUUAUUAUCUAAGAUACACAAUGAUGAAAGAAAAAAUGGCAGUGGUAACCUUACAUUAGCAUUUAAAGGAGCAGUUUGUAGGAUUUAGGGGGAUCUAUUGGCAGAAAUGGAAUAUAAUAUUCAUAAUUAUGUUUUCAUCAGUGUAUAGUCACCUGAAAAUAAGAAUUGUGUUUCCGUUUCAGCUUAGAAUGAGCCCUUCAUAUCUACAUAAGGAGUGAGUCCUCUUCCCUGGAGUCUGCCAUGUUGCACCGCCAUGUUUCUACAGUAGUCCAGAAUGGACAAACGUUUUUACGUUACCAGAAGGCCACCAAAGGUUCUAUUACAGAUGAGGGAAGGGGUAUUCAGUUGGUUACAAUCUGCAACCUCACUGCUAGAUCCUACUAACUCCUACACACUGCUCCUUUUAAUAUUUUAGAGAAACUUGGAUUUUUUAUUUUUUUUUAUAAUUUGAAAAGACACUCCUGUAACACAGGAGUGUUCAUACUAAAGACAAAUACAAGUCAGCUAGUUAUUCUUUGAAGGUUACCAGCCUAAAACUGUACCCCUACAGGGUGAAGUGUAUUUUCAGUAAUGCUCUCUUAUUGGUGAUAAAAAUGAUAAAGGAAAAUACAUAACUACACAUCAGUAGUUAUAGUUAAUAACAUUUUUAAGUAAUUCCUAAAUUCAGAGAUCCCCAGAAGAUUAUUCGUAUCAUUAGUAACAUAUAGUCAUUAACUUUCUCUAAGUCGACUUAGUAAAUGAUAAUGAUAAAAGACAAUAAUGAUCUUUUCAAGAUGAUAACUUCUCACGCUUCCCAUGGACUAUAGUCAAGUCAAUUUAUUUAUUUAGCUCAAAAUCUCAAAUUUGCCUCACAGGGCUUAUCAACCUGUGACACCCUCUAUCCUAAGAAAGAAAAACUCUAACGGGUAAUUUUCUGUUCUGCUCUUGUGACAGUAGAUGUUUAGUUUGGAAGAGAUUUGCUCUUGUGCUGUUAGCAGCUUUUUGAAUGUAGAUUCUGCUGUGUGUUGUCUACUCUCUAAGCGCUCCUGACACUGACCUGACCACCAUAGCUACCUAUGACACAUGCACAAACACAGUGCCUGUCCUCUCCUAUAUGAGCAUAUAUCCUUGACUGAGGUACAGUAUGACUUCAGACCUCUGUCGCCAUAGAAACACCUUGUGCUUUCACCUGUCGCCACCGGGUCACUGGUGCCGUCUGCUAUUGGCUGACACCACGUUAUCGCUUCUCAAUGAAAGCAGAUGCUUGACUGUUAAUUGGUGGCUUGAAGUCAAGCUAAGUUAAGCACACUUGUUAGCCGUAAUAGUGGUAAAACAAUAUCACAGUCAUUUCCUAUUCUUAAACCACCUUUUUGUUUUGAAAAUGAAUGAUCCUGCCUGUAAACCGUUUAUUUCACUGGCAUCCCAGAUAAGUUUCCGGUCUCUUCCGGUCAGAAAUUUCACAAAGUGCCAAUGAAAAGAACAUAAAAAGGAAAAAGGUAUACUGACCUAAUGAAAUUGCACUACGUUGCACUGCGCAAAUGCGUGAUGUUUUUAUACAUGGACAUUUUAUAUACACACAUUUUGAAGUAAAAGGAUUUUCUUAUUUUCCGAGAGGGUGGGAGUGAUAUCAUCACUGCCCAAUAGAAUAAAUGGGGUGUCAGGGAUAGGGGGUUCUGUACCUCUAGGGUCCCCCAUUAAUAGCCUGUCUUGCUCUCUUGUCAGAUUGAUUGUACUAAACAUACUGUCUGUUUUUAGAAGUGUGGUACUGGGAAGUACAGUGUGGUACUUAGGUAGUCAGUCACUUUGCCUUUUCUUUGGAGGAGUACCAAGGGCCGAAAGCAGCACCUGCCUUGUCUCAGUGAUGGGAUAACACCAGUCUCAGUCUGUGGCUUCACAUUAAUGUCUUGAUAACCGAUGCUUUUACAGUGCUUUAUUGCCUGGAGUUAUCCAUAAAGCCCAUCUUUGUGCUUCCUUUCUUCUUUACAUUUUACAGAGCUGAGGUAGUAACUAUGUAGAUACUGUUAUUAGUGCUGGAUACCACUUUUAAUUCUGUUAUCUCUGGUUUGAUCGUUCAUUGAGUGUCAAAUGCACCCCAUCAGGUCUCUCUCCAUCCUAAGCACUUUUAGAUUCCACCAGCAGGGUUACAGGCUGAUGCUUUUGCUGGUACUAAAUGGGACUGUUGGCAUGUUUUAAGCCAACAGGUUCCUGUGGUUGCCGCUAUUCCACCUUAUUUUUAAUUUUUUUUUCUCGAGUUGCACUAAACUGGCCUGUGAAGAUCAAGGCUCAAGUCGUAUCCGUAAGCGCUCGGCUUGUGUCAUUAUGGCCAGAAAAGAACUGUGGGUACAAAGUUGCUGUUGUGGACUUUUUGCAAAAAUGCAUUACAACUUUCACCUAUAAAAUGGGAGAUGGAGAUUGACGGUGACUGUUAACGGGUGUACAGGGGAAGAGAGCAGACACGCGGUGGCGAUAUAAAGAUGGAUUUGCCAUUUCAGGGCUUUCUUGUACAUAAUGCAACAUAAAAAGAACCAUGAGGCUUUUUCAUAUAUUGUUUUCGUUGUUGUUUUUCUUGUUAUAUGAAAAGUAAACUUUUUUUCUUUUUUUUUUACAGUAUAGUUGCUCAGACUAUUUUCUUUCAGACAUUUUUUCGUCGAUUGAGAAGCUAUAGUGAACAUAACACGUAAAAGAUUCUAUGUAUAUUGUAGCUUGGAGGCAAAGGGGAGAAAAAAAAACCUGUUGAAUGUAAAACCUAUAAAAACAAGUCUUUUUGUUGUUAUAAUUGCUGGCUAGUUCGUACUGCCUGUAGUGAACCUGUAGUGCGUCUUGAUUUUGGUAUCUACGUUUUAACACCCACCGCUGUCGCCACACUGCUAUGUCAUGACAUAAUGCAACUAUGCAGUAUUGCUUUACUAUCUUACUUUGUGCAAUGAGAUGCUUUUAUAAUGGAACAAGAACUAACUUGAGCUUUUUGGUGACAUCCGGGCUACUUACUCACAUGCUUUCUGUUCCUAUUUUGUCUUUCUCCCUGCCAAAUAGAAAUGUUUCUGAAUAUGUGUGGUUAUCAUGGUGGUGGAUGUUGUUUGUGGUUGUGACGUGAAGUUGAUGUUAGGCAGGAUAACCUUCAAAUUUUAACCUUGUGGGAAUCUUUAUCCUGCCCUGCACAUUCCAACCGACAGCACGCUUUUAGUGUCUUCCACUUGUUUCCUACUAGACAUAUCCUUCCCAUUUCCUUUUCACUACAGUGAUUCUUCUCUGAUCACCUUGUCCUUUUACCAUUUCCUGUUCUUGUCCUAUCCAGCUUUACUGUGGUCCCACCCAAGCCUUUACCCAGUAUAUUAAGCUAAACUAAACCCUUGAAAUGUGCAUCAAAUAAAGCCUUCAUUUUAUAUUUCCUAUGUUUGUCAAAAUGUAUGUGCCGUUUUCUUGAAUGUCAGUUUUCGUUUGUGCGUAAACCAGCAGCAGCAAAGCCAAUAGAUCUCCUUCCAAAUCAAAUGUAAUGUAAUACAUUGCAAUGGCAGCUCCUCUCAAUUCUCUGCUUCUUCUACUGUGGCGUUAUUGUUUGUCUGGGCUUUUACCCCUCUAUUUGUCAGAUCUCUCAUUCGAUUACCUUUUUUCUCCAGUUAUGUUUUUACUGAGCCUUACACAGGCUGGUGUGAAAACUGACUUUUGCUUGUUUUUGUUUUCUCAUUGAUUGAUUGAUUGAUUGAUUGAUUUUCUGGUUGAGUUUGAGGUUGUAUUGCAUGUCUAGCAUUGCUCAUUUUUUGUUCUUUUUUUUUUUGUUAGGAGAUACAACACUGAAGGGUUUUAUGUGUCAGAUUUCCCCUUUCAGUAACUGAUAGCCCAAGGCUGAUGUAGUCCAUUUUCCUCUAAAUGUAAAAAAUGCUCAUUGCAGCCUGACAAACACAAACACAAAGCUAAAAGAGCUUUUGAGGGAAAUGUAACGCCAGCCUCGGGUCUUCACUGGAGGGCAAGAUUUCUCCUGUGUGUGGGCUCGGCCUCUGGUCUUCAUCAGCAGUCCCACGCACACGGAGGAAGCACUUUCUGAGGAGUGGUGCACUCAAAGAGUAUUUGUGUGAAUGUCAAGCCUAUGACUAGUGCUUGAAAAGAUGGAUGACCAUGUAUGAUGCUGAUAAUGUGAUCUAUGUGAUGUAUUGUGACAGAAAGAAAAUAAACCUGAAUGGAAGAAGUCUGCCGA